GCGCGCAGACGUUGCGAUAGUCGACGUCGCAGUGGGUAUAGCAGUCUACGAAUAGUAGAGCACGCGACAGUCGUAGUGCUGCGGCUGUAGGUGCCAGCUGGGUGCCAGAGAAACAGAGAGAGGGAAAAAAGAGAUAGAUUGUGAACGCGUGUGUGUAUGUGUUUCGGUUACGGUAGGCGCGCGCCGCGAGCAGUUAAGAAGUGCUUUAGCCUGCGCAUAACAUCAUAUAGUCGAUUAAGUAGCUAGCAGAAUGGAGCUGGCUCGCAACUUCGCCAAGGCAUUUUGGUCGCCUUACGUCUGGCUCCCGCCCAACAUCACCUGGUCAGACAUUGAGCCCACGCCCGAAAACAAAUAUGCCAACUACCGGCACUUGCCCUACAGUCUACUUAUUGCCUUCGCCUUACUUUUACUCAGAUACACUCUCGAGAGGUUGGUAUUUGCACCAUUUGGAAGGAGUUUGGGAAUCAAGUUAUCAAGAGCAAAAAAAGCAGAUCCAAAUCCUGUCUUAGAAAAAGCCUAUAAUGGAAAGAAAUGGAAGCAAAAACAGAUAACUGCCCUGGCUAAGCAAACGGAUUGGACUGAAAGACAAGUAGAGAGAUGGUUGAGGUUGCGACGUGCUCAAGACAAGCCUUCAACAUUGACAAAGUUUUGUGAAAACAGCUGGAGAUGUUCAUAUUACAUUUAUUCCUUUAUAUUUGGUCUCUACGUUCUAUGGGACAAACAGUGGUUGUGGGAUAUUAAUCACUGCUACUAUAAUUAUCCUUUCCAUCCAGUAUCUGAUGAUGUAUGGUGGUAUUUCAUGGUGUCAAUGGGAUUUUACUGGUCACUGAGCAUAUCUCAGUUCUUUGACGUUAAGCACAAAGAUUUUUGGCAGAUGUUCAUACAUCACAUAGCAACUAUUGCUCUUAUGAUCUUUUCCUGGGUUGGUAACCUUGCUCGGAUGGGUUCUCUUGUCCUUCUAGUUCAUGAUUGUGCCGAUAUUUUUCUGGAGGCGGCAAAAAUGGCUAAAUAUGCAAAAUAUCAAAAAUUGUGCGACUUUAUUUUUGUAAUAUUUACUGUACUAUGGAUUGUUACGCGUAUGGGUGUGUAUCCAUUCUGGAUUAUCUACAGCACCUCAAUUGAAGCACCAAAGAUUGUGCCCAUGUUCCCUGCAUAUUACAUAUUCAAUGCACUAUUAAGUCUACUAUUAGUUCUACAUGCAUUUUGGACUUACCUUAUUCUGAAGAUAGCUUACAAUGCAUUGAAUGCAGGACAGAUGGAAGGUGAUAUACGUAGUGAUAGUAGCGAAGAAAUUUCGGAAGAGUUGAACGGAGCAGCUACAAAUAAUGUUAAUCGCAAUAGUAAGCCAGUAGCGCGACAAAAGCAAAACUAGCGUAAAUAGUUCAUUGUUGCCUCAGCGAACGAAAAAGUAUUACGUGGAUCAAGAGUCAAGAGUGGAAAGUUGUGUUGCCGCUGACGUAUGGUGACGAUGAAUGACAAGGACGAAAAAUGAAGAUUAAAGUUUUGUAAUUAAAGUAAUUAGAAAUUAUUUAGCUCGAAUGAAUUGUGGACCGUUUGGAGUGUUUGGAUUAAGAUUGAAUGUGUCACGCACCUUCAGUCGAUCCUCUAAUCUUAUUUUUUACAGUCGAUGAAGCGCUUUUUUAUGAAAGUAGCCAAAGAAGGUGUUGUGCAGUUGUCGCCUGUUUAUAAGAUUGUCAUUACUACGUAGUGAAUUAUUCGAUUGUUGCGAAAUAUGUAUGACGUUUUCACUGUAUCUUUAUAACAUACAUCUUAGUUCGUCGAGAUUUAUGUAUUUUUUUCUUUGAUCCUACGCACCUGCCAGUUUGUAAAGAAAAACGUUAUUCCACUGUUAUUUUGUAAACUUACGUAUUAAUAAAUAUUUUGUAUUUUACUCUUAUAAUUGCUUUCAUUCAUUCAAUAUCUUAAGCAUAUUAUCAUUGAGUGGAAUAAAGUUUUUUUCUAUAUUAUAAAAAAGAAAAAAAUAUGGCUCUGAAUUGAACCACAUGAAGUUAUUAUACAUCGCGCUUGUUGCAAGGGAUUCAUUUGAAUAUUAUAAAUUCAUUCCCAAAGAACAUCCAAAUGAACAUUCGCUAAUUUUUAGAAAUGACUCAAAUAAAUAAAUCUGUU